AUGUGGGAAAGGCAGCUACUCGACGGUGUCGUAAAGACAGACCGCAUCAACGAGACAUGGGAUGAUGUCCAUAUCCACGCGUCGAUAAAGCGAGCGCUUCAGAAUCUCACGCUCAACUUUCUGGAGCCUGAGGAGUUUAAAACUGGCAUCCUGUCGAGGGCUUCCGCGCCCAGCGUAUUGCUCUACGGCCCUCCGGGAACAGGCAAAACCCUGGUUGCCCGGGCAUUUGCCAAAGAGAGCGGGGCCUGCGUCCUUGAGGUGUCCGCCGCCGACGUCAACCAGGAGGCCUGUGGCCAGAGCGAGAAGAUCAUUCGCGCCAUCUUCAGUUUAGCCAAGAAGCUCAUGCCGUGCGUUGUCUUCAUCGACGAGGCGGAUGGAAUCUUUGGGAAGCGCGUAUCCGGCGAGAAAAGCUGGGAGAGGUCAAUGAAAACCCAGUUCCUACGCGAGGAGACGGACAAAGAAGGCGUCGUCCUCAUUGCCGCCACGAAUCGGCCUUUUGACAUGGAUGACGCUUCCCUCCGCAGGUUUCCUCGCCGAGUCCUGCUCGAUAUACCAGAAGUCGAGGAGCGCGAGGCGAUAUUGAAGCUUCAGCUACGGGGUGAGGUUUUGGCAGAAGAUGUGAACCUUCGCCAGAUCGCACGGGAAACCCUGCACUAUACCGGCUCUGAUUUGAAGCACGUGGCAUACCAGGCAGCAGUCAUGGCUGUGGAGGAGCGUCGAGGCCUUGCCGAAGAAUCUGUGCCACGCCCCGGUGGAGAUUCUCCUCCUCCGGAAUCAAGGCAGGGGCGGGCCGCGGGUGCGAGGGUCAUUCAUCAAAGGCACCUCGAGGGUGCAAAGGACGUUAUCAGACCUGGAGUGUCAAUGGAAACCUUGAAGCAAAUCCGUGAGUUUCAUGCCCGGUAUGGCAACACUGCUAAAUUGGAAGACUAA